CCUUGGCAGCCCUACCAACAUGAAGUGCUUUGCUGUCCUUUUGAUUUUGUGCGCCUUGAUUGGGUUCUCUAAGUCCGAUUCCACAUGGGCCACAUCCACGGAAGCCUGGACCACAACCACGGAAGCUAUCACCACCACAGCUGCUCCAGUCGCUCCUCCAUGUGGAGGACCCCAAGGACCCUGUGGUGGUCAGCUUCCCCAAAUUCCCCCCUGUGCUGGUGGAACCGGUGGUCCUUGCGCCAAAAAAUUGUAUUUCUUUUAUUAAAAAAAGGCUAAUAAAAUAAUUUGAAAAUAACUAA